ACAGUUCCACUCAACUGCUCGCCCUUCGUACGACAUAGGCGGUGUCCGAAAAGCAACGCAUAUUACUUGAUCAGCCAUGAAUCCUUUGACUAUUUUCUGUUUGGUGGCUGUGCUGCUCUCGGCGGCCACAGCACAUCGCGGCAGCAAUGCGAUCCGCAACAAUUUGCAACCCUCAGAAUGGCUUUCGCCACGUGAGUUGGAGGAUAUGCCAGCAAUAAAUGAGAUCACCUUCGAGAAACUGCAGGAAAUGCCCGCUGAGGAGGCUGCAGAUUUAGUGAACAAGAUCUACCACUUGUCGCAGAUGAGUCGUAAUAUUGAACCCAGUUAUGCACCAAGCCCCAACCAGAUUCCCGCCUUCACAUACACACCCACCGGUCAACGCGUGAACUUCAAUUUGAAUCAAUUGGUGGCCACUGCUCAGCAACAACCUAACUUCGGCAAACAGGAAGUUACAGUUUUCAUCACCGGUCUGCCACAACAAAAGCUCCGCGAUGCUGCACGUGCCAACCAGAAGCUGGUACAAGCAUACUUGCAAGCAUACAACGGCCGUGUACAGGUACAAGGUGAACAGGGCGAUGACUCCAACCAGGAUACAUCAUCGAGCGAGGAAUCCUCCAACCGUCCAAACGGUCAACAGCCCAAACCCAAUGGAAAUUUGGUAGUUAUCGACUUGGGUGCCGUCAUCCGCAAUUUCGAAGAUCUAGUUUUACUCGACAUCAAUCGCGUCGGCGCUGCCAUCGGUAACAGUUUGGUGCAACUUACAGCACAAGCUGAUGUGCCACAGGAAGUGAUUAAUAUUGUUGCGCAAGGUAUUGCUGCUCAUGUUGCUGGUGCCGCUGCUCGUCAAUACACACGUCAAACUGGUAACACUUUGCGCCGUAUCACCGCUAUGGAUCCCUCAAAGAUUUAUGCACGUAAACCCAACACUUUGGUCGGUUUGACUCGUGGUAAUGCUGAUUUCGUUGAUGCCAUCCACACAUCUGCUUAUGGUUUGGGUACUACAACACGUGCUGGUGAUGUUGACUUCUAUCCUAAUGGCCCAUCUGUCAAUAUGCCCGGUACUGAUGACAUCAUUGAAGCCAGUUUACGUGCCACUCGCUACUUAGCCGAGACAGUGCGUCCAGGCAAUGACCGUAACUUCCCAGCUGUUGCCGCUGAAUCGCUACAACAAUACAAGAAUAACAAUGGCAAUGGCAGACGCGCUUACAUGGGUAUUGCUGCUGACUACGAUUUGGAGGGUGACUACAUUCUCCAAGUGAACGCCAAGAGCCCAUUCGGUAAAAGCGCACCUGCCCAGAAACAGAACUCCUACCAUGGCAUACAUCAGGGUGCCGGUCGCCCUAACACCGACAACUAGAGGGCUACGAAGAGUGGAAAGGUGAAUGAGACAAAUACAAAUACAAUAUUUAAUUUUAACUUAACUUACUUUUUAUGGUAUUUGCAUUAGAAGCUUUUCAUAAUAAAUCGAUAAAUUUUAACAUGAGCUGUAACUGAUUUUUUAAAUAAACUUUUUGGUACUAAACAAUAA